GAGGAACAAGGGUGUAUUCUUUUGAUUGUCUUUCUUAUUAACACCAGCUCCAUUCACAAGUAGCAUCCUUAUUAUAUGCACAUAGUCAUCGACAAAUGGGCCAUUCCUGGCAAUGUUCAGGAGAGUAACAUGAAGAGGCGUUCUACCCCAAAUAUCAACAGCAUUAACUUUCGCUCCUGCGGCCAGUAACAUAUUAACAGUUUGAUCAUGACCUCCAGAUGCUGAUAGAUGUAGGCUCGUUCUAUAAUGUUUAUCACCAAGCAAAGUUUGACAUCCUUAUUAGAUGGCCAUGCAGAAGCAAAAAGUCGCUCUGAUAACAGGGGCAAAUGCGGGGAUUGGCCUUGCAGUUGCAGAACGUCUUCUACAAUGUGACCAUGACCUGAGAUUAUGCCUCGCUUGCAGAAAUCCAUUGAAGGCAACAGCCGCCAAACUUGCUCUGGAAGCAGGAAGACCUGGUGCAACUAUAGAUAUUGUUAUCGUAGAUGUAGGAUGUGUGAAAUCCGUAUUCAAAGCUGUACAGGAAAUAAAAAAUAGGUAUUCUCAGCUUGACUAUGUAUUCAUGAAUGCUGGUGCUAUGGGUGAAGUCAAAUUCAAUUGGACUUUUUUGUUAAAGAACUUAUUUUCGAGAGAAGUAGCGCUCCACAUGUUCAGAACAGGAAUAGGUCUCAUUGAGCAGGUAGACUCUACAACAGAAGAAGGCCUACGGCAAGUUUUUGCAACAAACGUCUUUGGACACUUCAUAAUGUUGAGGGAACUAGAGGCUCUUUUUGGAUGUGAUGGUCAACCAACUAAAAUCAUAUGGACAUCUUCCAGUAAUGCAAUCAAGGCAUCAUUUGACAUCAAUGACUUACAGCAUAAAAAUGGGAACCAAUGUUACAGUUCAUCUAAGUACAUAUGUGACCUCCUCAGUCUACACAUUAACUGCACUUACAAUAAACAGGGUAUUUAUUCCAGUGUGACUAAUCCAGGGUUUGUUUAUACCAAAAUGACAAACAGUAUUCUUCCUGACUGGCUGUGGUCAGUCAGUCUUUGGCUUUUGACUUUAUUGAGAUUCCUGGUGCCAAGUAUGACAAUCAGCACUUACUGUGGGGCAGAAUCACUGAUUGAUGUAUGGAGGAAGCCUGUUGAAAGUUUAGACCCCUAUUCUAAGUAUUACAGCAAUGCAGGGUUAUUUAGCAAAGCUUUUACAAACCAACAUAAGUUGGAUGUUGACGAGUCAUUGGCCAUGCAAACAUUUGAGAAACUUGAUACAAUGCUAGAAAAAGUAAAGCGGUCAGAACCUCCAUGGACGUUUUGAUUCUCAGGGAGAAAAUCAUCAUGUUUUUAAAUGAAAAUAGAAGAGUGCAAUACGCCAGGAAUGAAGUGAGCAGGCCUGCAGUAAUUGUACUACAUGUACUAGUAUAUUAUUUUAUAGAAAUGCAAAAAAAUCGUUACAAUAUUGCAAUAUUAUGUAAUGAUUGGAAGAUGGAAACAUUUUGUCAAAUUAAUGACUUGUUUAAUUUUAGUCAAUUAUUGUCAAUUAAAGAGAAAGAUCAAGCAAUCAAUCCAUGACAGAAAUCCUCUUGCAAGGGCUGAGAUCAACUCUUAAUACAGUACGAGAUAGUUUGGCAGGGUAUACACAGAGUAAAUGCUAUUAGCAUACAACUUGUUGAAAUUGCAGACAAGCCUGUUGGGAUCAUUAGAAGAUUGAAUCAACUCAAUUUUUUUAACAAUGAUUAAAAGUAUUGUGUAAUGUUUAAUGAAUGUGUCAGUCAAUGAUUAUAUUUUUAGUAUUAGCUCACUUGGUGAGCUAUUGCAAUCGCUCACUUUUCCAUCUGUCUGUCAACAAAUAGUGGUACAUGUACUAAAUCUCUGUCGAAAGGGUUCCCAUUAUUUUGGUUCAUUAUCAAUACAGAAAAGCCCCUAUGAGUCCCGUUUCAAAAGCUCACCUCUUUUCAAAAUGGCCACCAAUUUGGUCCCAAAAAUUCACUUUUUGAGUAUUUAGUAACUUAACAAAUAAUUUAAGGCGUCUCGCAUUGUUACUGUUGACAUGUUACUAUUCGUUAUCAUGGGGCAUUUUUGGUAAAUUUUAAGGUGGCCAUGUUCAAUAUUUCAUCCUAAGAUCUUGUGUGUAAAG